GGUUUCAUAAACACGCUCAAAUUGUUCUCUACAAUCGUGUUUUCAUGACCUCAUUUCCAGUGCCACUCUUUCUCCAUUGAAACAAAAAACAACAACUCCACUUUCAUCAUUUCUCAUCACAGUUUCAAUGGAUCAUUUAUUAACCCUUGAAACACCUUCUCCUUCAUCCCAUGUUCCUCCUGUUAACGCUAAUGUUCCUGUUCCUGUUCACGUUCCUUCUCUCACUCCCAAUCUUACUAUGUCUCACCAAAUCCCCAACAUUUCUCCCGAAAAUUUUAGGCUCGCUCCACCCACAACCACCACCAUGUCCACCGAAAAAUCAUUCCCAACCUUACUCGUCCCCAAACCCGAACCCUUUGAUGAUUUCUUGGCUGCCCAAGAUUCACAACAACCCCAUUUCUCUCCUGGUUGCGAAGAAGACGAUCAAUCUGAUCUUUACAAUGAAUUCUAUCGGGUUUCGCAGCUCUUCAAUGCUACUUUCGGUACAUCUCUCGGUCCUUUCUUUGCGACCAACGAUUCUGCCAAUGUUGGUCCUUCUGUUGUUGAGGAUACAGGCAACAACGUUUGUAACCCAGACCUGAAUCUGAAUCCUAAUAUAGCUGUGGAAUCUACGGAUUCUCAGUCGUAUGAUAACAAUAACAAUGAUCUAGCUAUUGUUGUUGUUCCGGAGAAACAAGAACAAGAGGCCACUGCGGCAGUUGCGGUGGCUAGGAAAAGGGCUAGCCAGGUGAUGGAGCUCGUGAGGGUUUCAGAUCUGAGUAUGAAGGAGCAUAUAAAUUGUCGGGAGGUGAUUAGGAGGACAAGGAUGGUGUAUGAUUCCCUUCGCGUGUUGGCGAGUAUUGAAGAGGAAAAGAGAUUUGCUGCGGAAGUUGCUGUUAUGGAGGAAGAGAGGAGAGUGGCUGAGGAAAAAAGAUUGGCUGAGGAGAGGAGAUUGGCGGAAGAAGUUGCGGUUAUGGAGGAGGAGAUGAGGAUAGGUGAGGAGAAGGGUGCUGCGGCUGCAGGGGGGGAGGUGGAAACGGAAACACCGAGUGGAAAAAAGAGGCGCAUCCGCAUUCGUGGUGAUAUGAGGGCGGCAGCGUUAAUGAGGAAGAGUCAGUUGUGGCUGUAUCGAGAUAAGAGGAUAGUUGGACCGAUACCUGGGGUUUAUGUUGGUGAUGUGUUUCUUUUUAGGAUGGAGUUGUGUGUAGUUGGUUUGCAUAUGCAGAUACAAGCUGGAAUUGAUUAUCUACCUAAAAGUCGGUGUUCCAAUGGUGAACCAAUUGCUACUAGUGUGAUUGUUUCGGGUGGAUAUGAGGAUGAUAUGGAGUUGGAUGAUGGUGAUGUUAUAAUCUACACUGGCCAUGGAGGGCAGGAGAAGAACUCCUCAAGGCAAAUCUGUGAUCAGAAAUUGGUGGGUGGAAACCUUGCUUUGGAAAGGAGUAUGCAUUAUGGGAUCGAGGUUAGGGUUAUUCGCGGAAUGAAGUAUGAAGGGAGUGCGUCCGGUUCUGGGAAGAUUUAUGUUUAUGAUGGAGUAUAUAGGAUUGUGGAGUGUUGGUUUGAUGUAGGAAAAUCUGGUUUUGGAGUUUAUAAGUAUAAGCUUUUGAGAAUUGAGGGGCAGGCUAAGAUGGGUAGUGCCGUUCUCAAAGAUGCUCGGGAAAUUAGGAAAAGUGGGUUGGACUUUAAGCCUAUGUAUUGUCUUUCCGUUGAUAUUUCGGACAAGAGGGAGAAGGUUCCUAUUAGACUUUUUAAUGACAUAGAUGACAGUCAGGAACCUCUUUAUUAUCAGUAUCUCCCGAAUACUAGUUUCCCGCCGUUUGUGUUUCAUCAGAGUGGGAAAGCUACUGGAUGUGAGUGUGUCGAAGCUUGUACUGAUGGUUGUUUUUGCUCUGUGAAGAAUGGAGGAGAGCAUCCUUAUAAUCUACAGGGGUUGCUUGUGAGAGGAAAGCCUUUGAUUUUCGAAUGUGGCCCUUUUUGCUCAUGUCCUCCCAAUUGUCGUAAUCGUGUUGCGCAAAAGGGGCUCAAAUAUAGGUUGGAAGUGUUUAGGUCUACACAGACAGGUUGGGGAGUUAGGUCUCUGGACCUUAUUCAGGCCGGAGCAUUUAUCUGCGAGUAUACGGGGGUUGUUUUGACUAGAGAGCAAGCACAAAUUUUAACAAUGAACGGUGAUUCGUUGAUAUAUCCUAAUCGGUUUUCAGAUAGAUGGGCAGAAUGGGGGGAUUUAUCUCAGAUAUACACUGAAUAUGCGCGUCCGUCCUAUCCAUCCAUUCCUCCUCUAGAUUUUUCUCUGGAUGUGUCAACAAUGAGAAAUGUUGCUUGCUAUAUGAGCCAUAGUUCAAGUCCAAAUGUAUUUGUUCAGUUUGUUCUGUAUGAUCACAACAAUUUGAUGUUUCCUCAUGUUAUGCUAUAUGCAAUUGAGAACAUCCCUCCAAUGAGAGAGCUAAGCAUUGAUUAUGGCGUUGCUGAUGAGUGGACGGGAAAACUCUCUAUAUGUAUGUAACUAUCAUUUGAAAGGUUGCUGAAGCCAAGUUUUCCCCCUGGAAAGCUGAAGCUUGCCAUGAUUUUUAGAAGGCUUUUCAACCUUACCCAAUUCGGGAAAUGCGGAAGUGCUUGCUAAAUGAAAUGUUAUGUCAUGGUAUCCAAAAUCACUUAAUAAACUAUUCUAUCAUCCUCCUUUUGUCUAACUCCUGCUGGCUAGAGUACAUGCAUUUUUCUGCGCGGUGAUGAAGAUCAGGAAUUGGAGUUUGAGUUUCAUCAUGUAUGCUUAAUCUUGUACAAUUAAGUACUUUGUUGAUCCUGCUCUUGGGCUAAGCAUUUACAAGUCUUAGCACCAUAUUUGUAAGCAUGUAGCUAUGAUGUUGUUAACUUUUGCCUUUGUAUAUAGUGUAAGUUCAGAGCUUGUACAGGGAUGAUUAUUAGUGGUUGGUGAUUAAGGAUAUAGUGCAUCAUUUUCAAUGGUUUGUAAACAACUGAGUAGAUGUAUGAUAAAGCAGAGCUCACAGAGACUAUUGAAUU